AUGCACACAUUGUUGUCCACAGGAAUUAUACUGCCGCAACAAGUAACUGUUGACGUUGUUGACAAGCAUCUGCAUUGUCUGCAAGCUGUCAUUACUUUCGUCGCAACAAAGACAGUGGAAAAUGUUUUCAUGGUCGAAAUUGUCGAAAAACACGCAGUUGCCGGACCAACCCAUCGUGCAGAGACAAUAAUGCACCGUAGCAGACGAAGCUUACAGGCGCGAACCAACUUUUGUACGACUGGUCGUGCAAAAGAUUGGGGACUAUUUAAGUACGUUACAUAUAGUAUCUAUCUUUAA